AUGGCGAAGAAGGUGGCGCGGCCGGAGCUGCUGGUCAUUGGCGCUGGCUGGGGAAGGACGGGAACCAACUCGACGAAGCUCGCGCUUGAGAAGCUGCUGGACGGCCCAUGCUACCACAUGUUCGAGAACAACAAGAAGAAGGACUACAAGAGGUGGCUGGACGCCUAUGCCGGGAAACCCGAUUGGGAUGCAAUCUUUACGCACCCUGAUGGGGAGCAGUUUUACAAGGCCACCGUGGACUACCCAUCCUGCGGUCUCUACCGUGAGCUCAUGGAGGCUUACCCCAAUGCGAAGGUGCUCCUGAACGUUCGUGACCCGGAGAAGUGGUACGACAGCGUGAUCGACACGAUCUGGUCCCCGCAGUGCCCUGAGCAGAACUGGUCUGUGCGCAUCUUCCCCGAGGGCCGGGACUUCCAGGCCCAGGCCCGCGCCUUCCAUAAGGCCACGAUGCUGCCUGGGGUCAAGCGAACAGACCGCGAGGGCUCCAUCAAGUCCUUCAAGGCCUGGGUCGAGAAGGUGAAGGAGACCGUGCCUCCCGAGAAGCUGCUGGUCUUCGAUGUCAAGGAGGGCUGGGAGCCCUUGUGCAAGUUCCUGAACGUGCCCGUGCCGGACGAGCCAUUCCCGAAUGUCAACGACAAGGAGGAGAUUAAGGAGGGCUUCAGAAAGGUCCUGAGGGUCACUUAUGCGGCGAACGCCUUCCUCUUCCUCUUCCUCGCCGGUUUUAUCUCGAUGAUCGUCGUGUCCGUGCGCCGAGCCAUGUGA